AUGCCAUAUGACGCUUUACACUUGAAGUCAUCAAAUCGAAGCAUGGUCGAAGAUGACAAUACGUGCGCGCCACCGCCGUCACUAAGUUCUUACAGUAUAGAGAUGCUCAAUGCAAAGAGGAGAACAAAUAAUUCACCAGUCACGGGGAUCUACCACCAAGACUUCCCCGACAGGUCCACUGAGUUGAGAAAGAAGUUUAUUGCUGUGUUUGGACACACGACUACCACCACGGAAAACUCACUUUCAGAUGGUCUUAUGGAGGAUAAAUCGGGUUCAACGUCAAAGUCUACCCUCACUGGUACAGAAAAUCGUUUGAAGAGAAGAAGGUAUGGCAAGGUGCUAGGUGCACCGAAGAGGGCGAGUCAAAACAAUACAUUGGAAGAUGACUAUAUUGACGAAGAAUUGAUCAAAAAGAAUGUCGAGGAACGAAAGGAAGUGAAUAAAUCUCCUGCCAAGCGCCAGCCCUUGAGUGAUAUCUCGAAUGUCUUUAGGAAACCAGUGACUCCAAAGAAGGAUCUAGCGGAAGCACCAGCACCAGUAUCAGUAUCAGUACAAGCUCCAACACCAAUAGCGCCAGUAGUUCCAGUAGCGGCAAUGCCCCCUAUUACAGCAUCAAAAGCAGCACCACCCCUACCCACCACAUCUGAUCCAGAAGAACCACACGACUCAAAAAGAAUAUUCAUCGUCAAUAACAAGAAAUACGAAAAAUUGGAACUAUUAGGAAGAGGAGGGUCAUCCAAGGUCUACCGCAUAAAGGCAGCAAAUGGCCAUCAAUUUGCAUUGAAGAAAGUAACACUAAAUCAAACAGAAGACAUCUCGUCUUUCAAAGGGGAAAUUGAGCUACUUCGAAAAUUGAGAAACUACAAGCGAGUAGUCAAGCUUUACGAUAGUGAAGUGACAAGAUCAUCCAUAUACCUAAUAAUGGAAAAAGGUGACAUUGAUUUGGCAUUGCUAUUCCAAAACAGGCUCAACAUGAACCUACCCUUGGACUUACAGUUUGUAAGAUACCACAUGUCGGAAAUGUUCAAGUGCGUAAAAGAUGUACACGAUGCUGGCGUUGUGCACAGUGACUUGAAACCAGCCAACUUCCUCAUGGUGCGUGGGAUUCUAAAAAUUAUCGACUUUGGGAUUGCCAAUGCCGUGCCCGACCAUACAGCAAACAUAUAUCGAGAGUCUCAAAUAGGAACUCCAAACUACAUGGCCCCUGAAGCAUUGGAAGAGGCAAGUAUGAUUGAAGCAAAAAAUACGACUUGGCGAGUUGGUAGGCCGUCGGAUAUUUGGUCGUGCGGAUGCAUCAUGUAUCAAUUCAUCUACGGAAGACCACCAUAUGCCUCGCUAGCGGGUACAAAGAGGAUAUUGGCAAUCAUGAACCCUCAGUAUAAAAUACAGUACCCACAGUUUGGAAUUGGUGAUGUACCAGUGCCCCAAAGUGCCAUCAAUUUGAUGCAGAAUUGUCUCGCGCGUGAACCUGAUGAACGGUGGACAGUAGAGCAAUGUCUAAAUAGUGACUUCUUCCACCCAAAGGCGGUUGAUGAAAACUUUAUUACAAAGAUUGUCCACCAAAGUGUCAACUUGGGAUACAACAAGAGAAUCUCGGGGGAGGGAAUCACAACCGAAGCCUACGACUCAAUGGUAAAUGACAUUAUAGAACAGAUUAGAACUUAUAAUUGCUAA